GGUUUACAUACAAUUCCUACUGUUUUUCCCCCGGAAACAAACUUAGCCAGGAAGAAAGCCGUCGGUUAAAGGGCGGCCCCACCAGAGUCAGUUAGGGGACACGAGGCGGAUCUCACGUUCGACAAGUGUUCAACACGUAUCCAAUUCCCAAGCAUUCCGCCAUUUCAAAAUUGCUAAAGCACAAAUGCAAAAGCAAGAGCAAAAGCAGAAGAAAUUAAAUUGGAAAUAGCUUCGGUUAUACGCACAUCGAUCAAGUAGAAACCGCAAAGGAGGGAUUUUGGAGAGAAGAUUUGGUGAAGAAUGGCAACCCUAGGGGGAGUGCAGGAGUCCCAAGGUACUCAGAACAGUGCCGAGAUCGAUAGCCUUGCUCGAUUCGCUGUUGAAGAACACAACAAGAAGGAGAAUGCACUCCUUGAGUUUGCAAGGGUGGUGAAGGCAGAAGAGCAGGUGGUUGCUGGUACUCUACAUCAUCUUACCCUUGAGGUUAUUGAUGCGGGUAGGAAGAAGCUGUAUGAGGCAAAGGUUUGGGUUAAGCCAUGGAUGAACUUCAAGGAAUUGCAGGAAUUCAAGCAUGCUGGUGAUGUCCCAACAUUGACCCCUUCAGAUCUGGGUGUCAAGAAAGAUGGCCAUGGGCCAGGAUGGCAAGAAGUGCCAGCGCAUGAUCCUGAAGUCCAGGAUGCAGCAAAUCAUGCUAUCAAGACCCUCCAGCAGAGGUCUAACUCAAUCUUCCCCCAUGAACUUCAAGAGAUCCUUCUUGCAAAGGCUGAGGUGUCACAGAAUCUGGUGAAAUUUGAUAUGCUUCUGAAAGUCAAAAGGGGAGACAAAGAAGAGAAGUAUAAGGUUGAGGUGCACAAGAACAAUGAAGGUGCUUACCAGCUGAAUCAGAUGGCACCAGACCAUUCUUGAUUUUGGAACUUUUCUGUCUUAUCGAAACAUCCAAAUGAUAAUAAUCCGUGGAAACAGAAUACAUAUGAAAUUAUGAAAUGAAACUAUAGUGUUUACUCUGCAUAUUUUUAGCAUUUGUUUUAA